UCUUAGUGAAAAGGGGGAUAGGUAGCCUAUUUCAAACUUUUAAGCGAUAGUAGUGGACUCACUAUCCAUAAACUUGGACAAUUAUGUAACCUGACAACUGACGUUGUUUUCCAAGGACGUGGUUGUGUUUGAAUGAUUUUCAAAGGAAAGGAAAGGAUACAUUUCGCAUCCAUUCGAACCGCUGCAAGGCAAGCUACAACUUCCAACAAAGUUUACUUUGACAUUUCUGGAGAAUCUGCAUGCUGGCGCUUCUGUGAGGUUUCUCUCUACUGACAGACUGUGAGGUGAAAGAAGAGUUGUCCUCGUGAGGAACCAGGAGGAAGGGAAGGCCAGCCAUUGACCACAUCCUGUCCUCUUCUGGAGAAACUGUAGGCCAGUACUACAACAGUACGACUACAAUACUCUGAUGGCAUUCAGACCCAUUCUACCCCUGUUGCUUCUGGCAUUCUGCUGCUCAGCAUUUGCAGGCCCGUUGUCACGCAGCCCGUGUGAGCUGCUGCCAGUCGGCGUAGGCCACCCGGUGCAGGCCCUGCUAAAGAGUUUCACGGCCAUGUCAGGCUGUGCCUCCCGCGGCACAACAGGACUGCCUCAAGAGGUCCACAUCAUCAACCUGAGGGGCCACGGUCCUAAGGGGCCAGACCACAAGACUACAGAGGUGGAGCUGCACCUGAAGCCCAUCCAGUCCCUGCUGGUGCACCAGAAGCCCCUGGUGUUUGUGCUAAACUCCCCCCAGCCUGUGGUCUGGGACAUCAGGACAGAGAAACUAGCGCUGGGCAUCAAACACAUCUUCCAUGUAUCCGAGGGAUCUGAUGUCUACUUCCUUCCAGGGAACUUCUCCCUCCACUGUCAGGUUCAGAAGGAGGUGCUUCCCCAUGGCAACGAGCACCUCCUCAGCUGGGCCACCAAGAAGUACAGAGCCGUCACCUCCUUCUCCGAACUCAAGAUCGCCCUGGACAUCUACAUUAAAGUGGGAGAAGACCCAGUGUUCUCAGAUACCUGUAAGAUUGACAACAAGUUCCUGUCUCUGAACUACCUAGCUGGCUACGUGGAGCCCCAGCCCUCUAAAGGCUGUGUCCUGUCUGGACCAGACCAGGACCAAGAGGUCCACAUCAUUGAGCUGCAAGCACCCAACUCCAGCAGUGCGUUCCAGGUGGAUGUGAUUGUGGACCUGAGACCACUGGAGGCAGAUGUUCCAUUGAAACGUAACGUCGUGCUGCUGCUGAAGUGUGAGAAGUCUGUCAACUGGGUCAUCAAGGCUCACAGCGUCAUCGGCAAACUGGACGUGGUGACGUCAGAUACCAUCAGUCUGAGCCCCAACACAGAGAGGCUGAUGGAGGUGUCUAAGACCCCCAAGCACCACCUCCCAUCUGGCUCUCAGGCCCUGAUCAAGUGGGCAGAGGAGCAUAGCUAUGGACCGGUCACCUCCUACACCCACACCCCUGUGGCUAACACCUUCAACCUGAGGCUCAGGGAGCCAGAUGUAUUAGAUCCCCUGGAGUCCAUGUUCCUUCCAGACCUGUCUAUCCCGUGGGACACCAACCCCCUCCUGUCUGGUGGUCCGGGGGGUGCUGCCUCGCGCUCCGGUGGCCUGCCCUUCCCCUUCCCCCCACCCAAGGAUCAUGGCCUGCCCUACCUGUCCCUGGAGGACCGUACCUGGCUGGGAGGGGAGCAGGGUGGGGAGCCUGAGGAGCAGCAGGGGACCCUCAGUGUGGGGCUCAGUGUUCAGUGUGAGGAGAACAGGAUGGUGGUCAGCAUCGACAGAGAGAGUCUGGAGGCCAGUGGUUAUGGUAAUGCCAACCUGACACUUCAAGACCCAGAAUGCAAAGCAACGGUUAACUCCACCCACUACACCCUAGAGACACCAUUGGAGGGCUGUCAGACAACCAAGUACCCCAUGCACCCCAGCUCUAUGGUCCUCUACAUCAACUCAAUCUUGAUAAGUCCUGCUGAGCCUAAGGAUGGGAGUGGUGGUCCCCCAGAUGACGAGGAUCUAGAGUCCGGAGACGUGACCUUCCCUGGGGAGGCAGAUGAGCUGGAGAGGCUGGAGAGGGCUGCUUUCCUGGGGCACACCACGGAUCCUGAUCACAGAUCCUCCAUUCUGUUCAACUGCACCUACAGAAAGAACCAGAACACCCUAGGAUCAUCAGGAUCGUUUUCCCACUUCGCCCCAGCAGCUAAGGAACCAGUCAGAACCGACGUGAUGUUCAACAUGGAGCUGUACAACACCCAACUCUUCCGCUAUCCUUCAACCCAGGCCUUCCACACCGUUUCCAAAAAUAAGCAGGUCUUCGUAGAGAUUGGAGCCUUCAAAGUCGACCCAGAGCUAGGGUUCAUGAUCCAGACCUGUUUCAUCUCUGCCAACUCCAACCCGAACAUCCCGUCUUACUACACCCUGAUCGAGAACAUCUGCCCUACGGACAACACGGUCAAGUACUACCCUCAGAGAGACCUCCCUAUUCCCCACUCCCAGACCGACAGGAAGAGGUUCAGCUUCACCUUCAACUCAUCCUUCAACGAAUCGUUGCUGUUUCUGCACUGUGAAAUGUCUCUCUGCUCCAAGAGACCCCACAACAACCAGGGACGGGCUAUGUGUAUCCAACCGGACGAGGCGUGUACGUCUGUCAACGGAGAGAUCAUCCUAGCCAUGAUGAUGAACGCCAAGACUUCUACCAAGACCCUGGUGGUGGUGGUGGAAGGACAUGACACAGUGGAGAAGGAGGGACCAGUGCCUCCCACCCGCACGGGCCCUCCUGACCCACCAGGGGAAACUGUUUUGUAUGUGUUGGACACCCCGACCGUGGUUGGGAUCGCCUUCGCCGCAUUUGUGAUCGGGGCCCUGUUGACCGGAGCCCUGUGGUUCAUCUACUCUCAUACAGGUGAUACAGCUGGCCGACAGCAGGCCCAGAAGCCCCAGCCCCCAGCCUCAGAGAACAGCAGUGCGGCCCACAGUAUUGGCAGCACACAAAGCACGCCCUGUUCCAGCAGCAGCACAGCGUAACCUUGGGGCCAGCGGAGAAGGAGAGCCCCCCACCCCUCUGCAGGGCCACAGGAAGGGCCACACGGGUCACAGGGAACUGGGUUUGCUAACAUUUGUUUCCCCGCUCGAUGAAAGGAAUUAUUUUGGGAUGCUUUGUGAAAACAAAGAAGAAGAAUUUAUUAAAAAAGAAGACAAACAAAAGGAUUUUGUAAGAAAGCCUGAUGUUGCUGGUUAAAUUCGAUGUGUACCAUUUUAUUUCAACCCAAUCGUUAAGGUUUUGUGACAGAGCUACUGUACUGGAAGGCCUGGUCUGAAGGGGAAAUAGUACUAAUACCACAGAAAGGCAACAAGGCCUCACAUCUCUAGAGCGAUAGAACUCUAGCUACGGACAAGAAACAACUGUUAGUGAAAUACCAGACUUUUUUUCUUAUCCAAAUGCUGCUUUUUCUGCAACCACAACAGAGAAUUUUGUUUUGACCUUAAACGUCUAGUUGAAGCUGUAAACAAGCUAGUGUACACCAAUAGCACUGGAGACCGUAAAGCUGCCUGUCUGCACACACCAUCUGUGGGUGUUAGCAAGACUAGUGAGAGGAACAACAUGGCUGUCAACCAGAGUGUUAACCCCUAUCAAUAUGCUAUAUAAAUAAUAGAUGCUACCUCCUAUCCACAUGUUAUAGGAGAUAGUCAAAUCAACGAGUUGAGUCAGAGAGCAAUAGUGUGAGAAGGAGCCUCUCGGCAGUCUCUUUUCCCCUCAAAGCCAGAUAAAGCAUCCUGCCAUGUGCUAUUAAUCACUUGGAAUCUGAAAGGACUUAAUAACCAAGCAAGAUAUAUACAUAGAUAGAUAGAUACCAAGAAAUGUGAAAGACAAAAGUAAUGUGAAAGAUAUCUUGAUGAACCCUGUUUGCAAGCCAGCUAGUCAUGACAAUCGGUCAGGACUUUGGCAACGCAUCCGUCUAAACAUACUGUUGUGACAACAUCGAUGACAAAGUAUCAGCGGUGUGCAUUUGGUCAUAUUGAGUGAUGAUUGCUUUGCAGUCCUUCGUCUCAAGUUUGAUUGGUGUUACACAGCUUGGCUUUCGGCAGUAUGGGUUUCUCAUAUACUAUAUAAAAACAGCCAUUGUAAAGCUAUAUAUAUAUUUUUGCAACUAUUGUAAAUAAUCUAAAAUGUUAUAAGGAGAAAGUCAAUAUAUAAUGUGCAAUAUUGUGUGCAUUCGAAGCCUUAUGUUGUUAAAUAAGACAUGGUAAAGUGGCUAUGUUUGGCCAGUAUUCCCAUAUAUACUAUAAUGUUUUAUGUUUUUAUCCACUGUGAGGUAACUAAAAUGCUACAUGCUGCAGUAUUGGAUCAUAAAUAUAUAUACAGUAUUGUAAUUGGGCAUUACAUUUGGAGCACAGUAAUUGGGCAUUACAUUUAAACCACAAAAACAACGUGCCAUUCGAUCUGGGUCCGACACCACUAGGCCUUCAGCUGUUUUCAUUCUGAUUGUACAUAAUAAUGUUGUACACAAUUUCAUACCAACAUUUACAUUUUUCACAGCAAAUAAUUGAGAACCUGAUAUAGUUGAGUUUGUGGAAUGAAAAUAUAAGCCAAAAUAGUCAUUGUCUGGUUUUGUUCAGUAAAUCAUACUCAGAUUCUCAGCUUUCAAGUAUAUUUUCUGUAUGUGGUAAAUACAUUGUCAAUCUUACUCACCAGGGCAUGAAAUAGUUCAACGUUGCAAUAUACUGGCGCCAUCUUGUAAUCUUAAUGGUGUAUUUGUUCCGACAAACAUUCCACAUCCUGAUUAUUUACGCCCUGGUGUCAUGUUCAACAUGUAUUGUUUCUCUCUGUGUUUAUAGACAGAUUUAUUUUAUUUGACCUUUAUUUAACUAGGCAAGUCAGUUAAGAACAAAUUCUUAUUUUCAAUGACGGCCUACGAACAGUGGGUUAACUGCCUUGUUCAGGUGCAGAACGACAGAUUUUUACCUUGUCAGCUCGGGGGUUCGAUUUUGCAACUUUUCGGUCACUAGUCCAACGCUCUAACCACUAGGUUACCUGCCGCCCCAGUAUGGGCACUUAGAUGUACAUGAUUGUGUACAUAAUUGUACUACUAUGGCUGACCCCUGUAAAACAACACAUUUCACUGCACAUAUUCGGUGUAUGUGACAAUACAACAUGUUUGUUUUUUUUAUGUCAUGUGCCAUGCUAAUGCAAAGCCAAAAGAGUCCCACCGUCAUAGAAUCCAUGAAUGUUCUCUGGUGUUCCUUUACUUUUAGUCCUUUACUUUUAGUCUUUUUUUAGGAGAAAAGGGAUGGUUUGUACUAAUUUUACUUUGUGGUUGGGCGUGUAAAAGAGAACCCAAUACGUUAAGUAAACAUAAUUUGCCUUAGAUCCUACUUUUAUGUGUUAAGUGUUUUAUCGCAAAGCUUUGAGCCUGUGUUGUAUGUAAACAUGUGUAGCUGUGUGUCUCCACAGAAGAAAACAGAGUAUAAAUAUAUUUGUGGAUCAAAUUAUAUAUAUUUGAAAGUAUUUACCUAGAGACAAUCUAUUGUUGACUCUUUCAGUACUGUGAAUUUUUUUGUGUUUUUUCUAUUUUUCAUAAAUGUACAUACAGUGCAUUUGAAAAGUAUUCAGACCCCUUCCCUUUUUUCACAAUAUGUUACUUUUACAACCUUAUUCUAAAAUGUAUUAAAUCUACACACAAUCCCCCAUUAUGACAAAGCGGAAAUAUGUUUUUUGAAAAUGUAUAAAAAAAUAUGUAUUCAGGCCCUUUGCUAUGAGACUCGAAAAUGAAGCUCAGGGGCACCCUGUUUCCAUUGAUCAUCCUUGAAAUGUUUCUACAACUUGAUUGGAGUCCACCUGUGGUAAAUUCAAUUGAUUGGACAUGAUCUGGAAAGACACACACCUGUCUAUAUAAGGUCCCACAGUUGACCGUGCAUGACAGAGCAAAAAACAAGUCAUGAGGUCGAAGAAAUUGUGCGUAGAGCUCCGAGACAGGAUUGUGUUGAGGCACAGAUCUGGGGAAGGGUACCAACACAUUUCUGCAGCAUUGAAGGUCCAUCAUUCUUAAAUGGAAUACGUUUAGAACCACCAGGACUCGGGGGAGAAGGGCCUUGGUCAGGGAGGUGACCAAGAACCCGAUGCUCACUCUGACAGAGCUCUAGAGUUCCUCUGUGAAGAUGGGGGAUCCUUCCAGAAGGGCAACCAUCUCUGCAACACUCCACCAAUCAGGCCUUUAUGGUAGAGUGGCCAGACGGAAGCCAGUCCUCAGAGAAAAGCACAUGACAGCCUGCUUGGAAUUUGCCAAAAGGCCAAAAGAAACAAGAUUCUUUGGACUGAUGAAACCAAGAUUGAACUCUUUGGCCUGAAUGUCAAGCAUCAUGUCUGGAGGAAACCUGGCACCAUCCCUACGGUGAUGCAUGGUGGUGGCAGCAUCAUGCUGUGGGGAUGUUUUUCAGAGGCAGGGACUAUGAAACUAGUCAGGAUCGAGGGAAAGAUGAACAGAGCAAAGUACAGAGUGAUCCUUGUUUAAAGUCUGCUCCAGAGCGCUCAGGACCUCAGACAGGCGAACAUUCCCCUUCCAACAGGACAACGACCCUAAGCACACAGCCAAGACAACGCAGGACUGGCUCCGGGACAAGUCUCUGAAUGUCCUUGAGUGGCCCGGACUUGAACCCAAUCAAACAUCUUUGCAUAGACCUGAAAAUAGCUUUGCAGCGAUGCUCCCCAUCCAACCUGACAGCUUUAGAGGAUCUGCAGAGAAGAAUGGGAGAAACUCCCAAAUACAGGUGUGACAAAUCUUGUAACGUCAUAUCCAAGACUCAAUGCUGUAAUCGCUGCCAAAGGGGCUUCAACUAAAUACUGAGUAAACAGUCUGAAUACUUAUGUAAAUGUGAUAUUUCUAAAAACCUGUUUUUGCAUUGUCAUUAUGGGGUAUUUUGUGUAGAUUGAUCAGGAAUCUUUUUUUUUUAAUCCAUUUUAGAAUAAGGCUGUAGCGUAACAAAAUGUAGAAAAUGUCAAGGCGUCUGAAUACUCUCCGAAGGCACUGUAUAUUACUUUAUAUAUUUCUUUUUCUAAAAGAUAUAUAUAAAUAUUAGCAAUUUUCUUCAUGUGAUGUUUUGAUUUUUUAGAACAUUACCAAACCCAUUAGUUCUCACUCCGUGUUGAAUUUGGUUCCAUUGACUACCUUUAAAAGGAUACCGUUUUUAAUUAAUUUGUUCUUUGUAAACAUAGAGACGAUUAGAUAUUGUAUAGCAUUACAAAAGUAAUAUAUUUGAAACCCACAUUUUACAUAUGAACACGAAUGUGACAUUAUUGAUAAUAUAUAAGUAAGCAAGACUAAAGUGCUAUAUAAACACAAUGGAAAAGUAGUAUAACAUUUUAUUUCCAUAAAUCAAAAGAUCAGAUUUUCUGUAUAGUCUGUUCCUAUCACAUAUUCAUCUGUCGUAGUACAGGUUUAGCUGUGUUCAUACUCUCUGAACUCUGGUCUUGUUCUGUGAUUGUGCCAGAAGAGUUUUUCCUUUUUUUUUUUUUAGCUAUAGUGUAUAUGAGUUCUCUCUGAAAUGUUGCUUUUUCUAGUGGAAUGGCAGUCUUCAACAUUCAUCAUUUUGCAUUGAUAACAUUCCUGUAGUUCACUGGCUUUUCUUACCGACUGCUCGACGUUUACCCAUGAACCUGUCUCUUCCUUUUAUCUCCUCCCUGUCUAACGGGGUACAGGAGGUUGAGGACCUUCAUAUUCCCAUUAUUGUCCAAAUACCUAUGAAGAGGAAUAACCUCUCUGUAGGAAGUUCCAUCUGAAAUUACACUUUAUGAAUUUGGAUUCGAUUAGACAUUCUAUUUGUAAGUUAAUAUUGCAAAUCACUGUUAGUAAAUCUUACAGUGAUAGAGUAUUGUGGAAAGUAGCACAGGGGAGGUUUGCUGGUUACAGCCAACCUGUAAGAGGGGCCCCACUUUCAUACAGUACAUAAUAACAAAUUGUAUUGCUUUAGUUGUUUGAACCUUUUUAUCAACGUUUAUCUACCUCAUUUUGUGAGUUUGUGUGUGUGUGCUGAAUGUGUAUGAAUAUGUAUGUACUUGUGUGAGAGAAAAAGAGAGAGAGUUGUGUUCUACUAUUUAAUAUGUUGUAAUGGUUGAAAGGGCUCUAUGUUUUUCUGUACAGUGCCUUCAGAAAGUUUUCAUACCCCUUGACUUAUUCCACAUUUUGUUGUUACAGCCUGAAUUCAAAAUGGAUUAAAUAGAUUUUUAUUCUACACACAACACCCCCAUAAUGACAAAGUGAAAAUGUGUUUUUAGAAAUGUUAUCAAAUUUAUUGAAAAUGAAAUACAGAAAUAUUACCUUUGGCAGCAAUUACAGCUGUGAGCCUUUAUGGGUAAGUCUAUAAGAGCUUUCCACGCCUGGAUGGUGCAAAAUUUGCCCAUUAUUCUUUUCAACAUUCUUCAAGCUCUGUCAAAUUGGUUGUUGAUCAUUGCUAGACAAUUUUCAGGUCUUGCCAUACUUUUUCAAGUAGAUUUAAGUCAAAACUGUAAGUCGGCCAAUCAGGAACAUUCACUGUCUUCUUGGUAAGCAACUCCAGUGUAGAUUUGGCCUUGUGUUUUAGGUUAUUGUCCUGCUGAAGGGUGAAUUCACCUCCCAGUGUCUGGUGAAAAACAGACUGAACCAGGUUUUCUUCAAGGAUUUUGCCUCUUAGCUAUCCUGAAAAACUCCCCAGUCCAUAACGAUUACAAGCAUACCCGUAACAUGAUGCAGCCACCAAUAUGGUUGAACAUAUGGAGAGUGGGACUCAGUAAUGUGUUCUAUCGGAUAUUGCCCCAACAUAACACUUUGUAUUCAGGACCAAGUAUUACUUUAGUGCCUUGUUGCAAACAUGAUGCAUAUUUUGGAAUAUUUUUAUUGUGUUCAGGCUUCCUUAUUUUCACUCUGUCUAUUAUGUUAGUAUUGUGGAGUAACUACAAUGUUGUUGAUCCAUCAUUCUUCUUCUCCUAUCACAGCCAUUAUACUCUUAACUGUUUUACAUCCACCAUUGGCCUCAAUGGUGAAAUCCCUGAGCGGUUUAUAUAUCAGAGUGUAACUAAUAUCCCCACCAUGUUCAACGGGAUAUUCAAUAUCUCUUUUUUUUCUCCCAAUGGGUGCCCUUCUUUGUGAGCCAUUGGCAAACUUCCCUGGUCUUUGUGGUUGAAUCUGUUUGAAAUUCACUUACAGAUAGUUGUAUGUGUGGGGUACAGACAUGGGGUAGUCAUUCAAAUAUAAUUUGAAACAUUAUUGCACACAGCGUGAGUCCAUGCAACUUAUUAUGUGUAAUCACAUUUAAACUCCUUAACUUAUUUAGGCUUGCGAUAACAAAAGGGUUGACUACUAAUUGACUCGAGACAUUUCAGCUUUUCAUUUUUAAUGAAUUUGUAAAAGAUUCUAAAAACAUAAUUCACUUUGACAUUAUGGGGUAUUGUGUGUAGGCCAAUGACAAAAAAAUAUCUAUUUAAGCAAUUUCAAAUUCAGGCUGUAACACGACGAAAUGUGGGAAAAGUAAAUGGUGUGCAUACUUUCUGAAGGACCUGUAUAUAUAUGUUCAAGUCUAAAAUCUUUAAAACUUUUCCACAAUUUGAUAGUCAAUGUACUGUAGAUGCCCUCUCCCUACCAUUGGUCAGUUGGCUGUAGGGCGGCAGGUAGCCUAGCAGUUAGAGCAUUGGGAUAAUAACCGAAAGGUUGCUGGUUUGAAAACAUGAGUAUGUCGAUGUGCCCUUGAGCAAGGCACUUAUCGCUAACGUUUGCUCCACUCCAGUGGUGCCAUACUACUAUGGUUGACCCUUUAAAACUGCACCUUUCUGGUGUAUGUGACAAUAAAACAUUUUUUUUUUGUAGUUUCAUAACACAACCAAAGAAGUCCCUUCUCAAAUGCUAGUCGAAAUACCCUUCUUCUCAAAGCUAUUUCUUAAUACGAUUUCUGUUUUUGUUUUGCAAAGCUUUUUGUAAAUAAAACAUGCUGUAAAUAUGCAUGAUAUUUUGUAUCCACAUUUGUAUACAUAAUAAAUUCAUAUAAUCCAUAA